AUGCCUGCUUACCUGGCGGUCAGUCGGCUGCAAGUUGCGCGGCGCAAGGUGCGCAUGGGCCUGCCAGACAUAGAGACCAUACCCGAGACUGGGGCGGUGUUCACGAUCGGCCGUAGCAGAUUCGCGGACAACAUUGCCUCACAUUUCUUCAUUCGUAAGGAUCCGGUUGUCACCAUUGAAUGUGGAGAUGAGCACUCUGCCGUAGUUUGUCAAACUGGCAGACUCUUUGUUUUCGGCAGUAACGAUUGGGGACAACUGGGUCUGGGUCACAGAAACCAUAUCAGCAAGCCAUCGUGUGUAAAAAUUCUAAAACCGGAAAGAGUCACGCAUGUGGCUUGUGGGAGAGCGCAUACUUUAAUAUGCACAGGUGGCCAGAAAGUCUUUGCCUGUGGCAGCAAUCAAGAGGGUCAACUGGGUCGGGAAAAUUCAGUGAUAGGUGACAGCUCCAGUUCUCCAAUCUUGGUCUAUGAUUGUGGACUCGCUGGACCUCGGAUAGUUCAAAUUGCAGCGGGAUCGCAUCACUCGAUGGUUCUUACGAGCGACGGUGGAGUCGUCGUCUGGGGAAGCAAUCUGGAGGGACAGUUAGGGUUAUCGGGGACUUCAGGUUUAGUUUAUAACCCUACGAAGGUUCCCAUUCCUGAACCGGUAAAGGAAAUCAGCGCGGGAUAUUAUCAUUCAGUUUUCUUGACUGAAAGCGGUCUCGUUUAUGUCUGCGGCGAGUCAGAAAGUGGUAAACUCGGAAUCAACAUCAACUUUUCUACGCAGGUCGCACCGAAGCAAAUGCAAUUGCCGUCACCGGCACUUCAUGUCGCAUGUGGUGGUCAUCAUACACUCAUAUUAGCAGAAAAUGGCAAUAUUUACUGUUCCGGCAGUAAUGCCAGUGGGCAACUCGGUAUGGGCAUAAAUGUCAAUGAGGUACAGACGCCAAAACUUCUUCCACGCGGAGCUGUUCAAGACGAAAAAAUCGUCAAGAUCGCUUGCGGUGAAAGUCACAGCGCUCUACUUACUGAGUCCGGUAAACUUUUCACUUGUGGCGAUGGUCGACACGGAAAGUUGGGUCUGGAAGAAAACGAAAAUAACGUUCACGUAGUAACAUUUGCUGCCAAAUAUCAGGAGCUUUUCGUUUCAAAUGUUGCUUGCGGGGGAUGUCAUACGAUAUUAGUUGGCCGAAGACACGAGAUGGAUUAUCAGCCCCAUCGGCAACCGGACUCCAUGAAGCAGAGAAAAAGUUCUCUGCCUCCUUUAAAGCUUCCUAUAAAUAUGCAAUCUGAACAUCGAGUGGACAAAACGGAAAAAUCGAUAGAUGAGAAGGAUGAUUCACAUCAUCCUGAAGAAAAUAAUGAAACAUCCAAUAACAAUGAUACUCAAACGAAUCCUAUAGAAGAUUCCAAAGAAAAUAUAGAUAAUGUUAAUAGUGAAGAAAUUGCAUCUUCAGCGAAUGACGAAAAAGUCGAGAGUCUAUCUUCAGAAGUUAUUCCGUCAGAAAGCUUACAAGAAAAGGAACAGAUUGACGGUGAAGGUCAUGAUAAUGAAAAUAUCGAGAGCAAUGAAAAUAAAGAUGUUAAUGAAAAUAAAGAUAUUAAUGAAAAUAAUGAAAAUGAAGAAAAUAAUAAAUAUACUGAAAUGACAGCGGCACAUGAUGCUGAAGAAUCAUGUACAGAAACAGAAAUCUCGAGGCUAGAGGAAGAAGAGGAACAGAAAAGGAAUUCCAUACCACCUCCGAAACCACCGAGACUAAAAUCUGGAAAUGCCGAAGAUGCGAGUAACGAAAAAGAAUCUUUAAAGGAGAAUGAAGAAGAUGAAAAGGAGAAAGAUGACGAAGAGAUGAAGACGAGCAACGAACAUAAUUCAAGUGUGGCUGGAAAAUUCAAAACGACUGGAAAAUCAAUAUCAGCAUUUUCAAGAAAAACUGUGGAAGCUAUCGAGGACUCGAUAGAAAAACUCGAAGACGACAUACGCACUGAAGAACCAGAGAAAGCCGAAAUGGAUGACACGCAGGAUGAUGCUGACGUGGUGCAAUCUCCACCGCCGCGAACGGCUAAGAUGUCAAAACUGUUUAAAGGAAAACGGCAAGAGGUGCAGAAUGGAACCAAGUCGAGCAGCACAGCGAAUCCAAAAGCUAAGUCAAAAACGUGCACAAUUCUGUGAUCGAGGGAACAUCGAGGAAACAUUACAAAAUUUAUUAUAUUUUUAUAAAAUACUUACGAUAUGUUCGUCGCUGGGACCAAAUGCCUUGCGGAAAUUUCCAAUAAUCGAUAUAAGGAAAAAAAUCUAUAUCACUGAUCGAUGCAUUUACAUAAAAUUAACUUUUUCUGCAUUUGCGUCAACGCUUAUCAAGAGACGCAGUUGCGCCACAUGCCAGGUGACACGCAAAGCGAAGACAGGUUGAACCUCUUUUACACAAGUCAGCGAGUUCCAAGUAUCUCUUAUUUACGGCGACGAAUAACUUCAAUGAAAACGUCAAUUGUAUUAAUAAUUUAUUAGACAUUGUAAAUAUAAAUCAUGUGCGGAAAUUGAUUUCAUAAACAAAAAAAAUGCAUAAAUCGGUAUGUGUAUAAGAAGUAGAUAACAGCUGAAUGUGAAAAAUGUACAGUGGUAUCUAGAUAAUCAUAUUUUAUUAAAGUCCAAUUACAAAAUUCCA